CGAGAGGCACGUUCAGUCGCCCGGACCCGCUCGGUCGGUCUGAACAGACGUGCAAUACUUCUAAUCGUAUUCCUCGCAACCGGUUGCUCUGUCAGGUCUCCCCGUACCGCGAAACUUCCCUCCCAAUUGUGCGAGAAAACUAUCAUCAAAAGGAUACUCUGUUAUCAGCAGGACCGACGAUGACUCACUGGGACCAGUGUUAAACCCGUUCACCUUUCACGAGGACAUAUCAGAGAUGCGUUGGUUUCGCGCCCACGCCGAGGCUCCGAAACUUUUAAGCCUGAGUCCUCUCCAAGCCGAUGAAGACCUUGACGGGGCAUCAUACCACUUUCAUGCACCGUCUCAGUACAGAGACAUGUCUCCAGUGCGAUGGACCCGGCGAAAGUCGUCGAGUUCGGAAUCCGAGCGGAAUUGCUACAACGUGCAAACGUCGCAAGUGACCACCGAGCGGAGUCCCACGAAAAAAGACAAGAAGAGGAUCCAAGAGGAAAGGCGGAGGAUCUGCGAGAAACGAAAUCCUCUUUUGGACCGAGUGAAGAACACUAGACUAAGUUUCUUCAAGGACCGUGAUUCCGACGACGAGGAAGAGAAGGACGAGCCGGACAAGCAGUUUCGCUCGAUGUGUGAAUUGAAUCAGCGCGGUUUAACGAGGGACGAGUUCCGUAGAUCAGUGUGUGAAUCAGAUUUGAAAGAGAUCAUCGAGGAGGAGAAGAUCCAAGCGAGAAGGAAAAGGCGUUCCAAGUCGCAGAGCAGAUUGCCACAUAGAAAGCACCAUGAAGAGCAUUUCAGUUUUCUAGGUUUUCGACCUUCUGUCAGCCAGAAGGCAGCGACUUUGGCUGGGAACAUUACCGAGGAAGCUGUCAGCCAGCACAGCAGCUGGCGGAAGAGCAGAGAAUUCGUUCUCGAUCACCAGACUGCGAGGAGGUCGAGGGAUCAUGGCUUGGUCUCCAACAGUACUGAGAAUCCAGCGUUCAAAGACGGAUCUCAGUUCGACAGCAUUACACCGUCCAGCUGCUUGGCUGCCAAGUUCCGAGCGAUGCAGGACAGGUACCUGAAGAGCUCCACUAAUAAAUUGAUAGCGAAGAUAUAUAAAAAGGAAGGGACGGACAGGGAAAGGAAAAGACUGAGAAGUUUCUCAUAUGGGACUUUGCCAGGACUUGAAGAGCUCAGGACGAAUCCCCUUUACGAGGAACAGGACCAGGAUGACAAUGACUCUGGAAUUUUGGAUAACGAUUCUGCCACCAGUUCGUUGCUGGACGAUAGAUGCGGCAGCAGUGCUUCUGGUUUAUUAAACGGACCAAAUGACACGUCAAAUUCUCCACCUCAAUUACCACCGAGGAAACCAUCCUCCUCUAUUAUAGACGUAGAAAGAACAGCGAAAUUGUUCUCUAGUUUGGAUAUUUAUUGUGGGAAAAACGAAGGCAAAGCUUGUAAGAAAGACACUAGGUUGAGUCUUGAAGAUUCAGCAAAAAUAUGCCAAGCUGCCAACAGCGAGCUCAUAGAUAAACGAAAUCGUGUAAGUUCCAAGUCUCCAGAAGGAAAAGAAGUGAUCGAAAGGCUUGAUAGUAAGGAUUCUCUGAGCUCAGCUCUGCCUGUUAUCAGAAAUAGGCCUUACACCACAGAGACGAUGGUAGUGAAACUCCCUCGGAAGACUGCUGAUCAGUGUUUGGGUAUCUUCAUCGCGAAAACUGCGGAGUCUAGUCCAGGAUAUUUGGUAGCGCACGUGGUGCCCAAUGGUUUAGCUGACAAGGAGGGUACUUUGAUGAUAGGGGACGAAAUUCUGAUAGUCAAUGGCAAGAGAUUGCGAGGAUUGAGCAUGGCCGAGGCUAGGAAGAUCCUUGGAAGUGGCAGUGGACCCGGCGACGUCGAUAUCGUUGUGUCGAGGUACACUGCUCUGGACCAGUCUCCCAAAAAGUUAACCGAGAGCAGCGUUGACUACGAAAACGUGCACGUUGAAAAUGGUCAUGGUGUUAUUGUGGAAAAUUCCCCUAGAUCGCACUAUAGGAAGCAUCAGACGAAGCACCAUCGCGAUAGGAAGAGCGAAUGCAACAGAUCCACUUCGUCAGAGAAGACAGUCGUGAGCGUGGACAAAAGUGGAUCGCAAAGCGUAUCAAAUUUUUGUACACUACCAAGGAGGCCUAGGAGUACUAUAUCUACGUUCUUGACCGUCGUCUUCCAAAAAGGCCCUGGCAAGAAAUCCUUGGGAUUCACUAUUGUGGGUGGCAGCGAUAGUCCUAAAGGAAGCAUCGGUAUCUUUAUAAAAUCGGUGUUGCCGGGUGGGCAAGCCGCGGAAGAUGGCCGUUUGCGCGCGGGCGACGAGAUUCUGGCAGUUAACGGCCACGUCUGUCACGACUUGACCCAUCGUAAGGCCGUUCAGUUGUUCCGCAACAUCAAAACUGGACCGGUUGCCUUGCACCUUUGUAGACGCGUCAAAAACAAGGAACUACAAACAAUGAAGGCUAAGUCGUGCGCAGAUCUCCUAUUGGUCGACGCAUAAGAUUAGGGGAGAAGAUUGUAAAGAAAGAAGACGCUUUGUAAAAAGUAGAAAUGAAACCUAGGGUCAUUGUACAUAUUGUAAAUUUGUAAAGUUUCUCUUGGAAAUAAAAUUAUUAUUUAAUAAUUGUAAA